CAGUUGUGCGGAAACCCUCGUGAAAACGCCAAUAAAAUCGCAAAAGUAAUUCCACAGAUAUUUAACAGCAAAGUGAAAAAUGCUGUGGGCGUGGCUGCAUCGUAGUGGCAGUUAAAUUCUAAAAUCGGUUAUUAAUCUCCCAGUGCAAUUCCGUGGUUUUCCGGUUUUUUGGUUUUCUGGUUUUCAUCCCGGUUUUCUGGCUUUCUGUUUGGCUGCUCCACUUUCGUGUGGGUGAUAAGAUAAGGCGAGUGCAGCUGGAAGGAGAAGGGAAAAUACGAGCCAUAACAAUUCAACAGAGAUGAGGAUCAUUUGGGAGCUGGUUCUCCUCCUCCUCCUGGCGGUCAUCUCCUCAUGCCGGGCAGUCAUCUGUCCUUGGCCCUGUCAAUGCACUUGGGUGGUGGACAGCUUGUACGCGGAUUGCGCCCGGCGGAAUCUUCAGACAUAUCCCAGCUUCGACGGCAUUCCCGUGGAGCACUUGGAUCUGUCGGGCAAUAAGUUUCUGGAGUUUCCCAGCCAAUAUGCGGAUAUAGACUCCUUGUUAUACUUGGAUCUGUCCAACAACUAUAUCUCAGCCAUUGGCGCAAAGUCACUGAUUGGCUUCACAUCUCUGAGGACGCUGCUGCUGGCCAAUAACUCCAUAGAUUCCUGGGAGGCACUCAGUCCCAAUGAGGCCUUCAAAUAUGCCCCAAGCCUGAAGCGUUUGGGCCUCGAUGGCAAUCGUUUGGGCAGCUUUGGCAACGGGGAGAGCUUCGAACUGCUGACCAGUUCAUCGCUGACCGAGUUGGGGCUUUCUUCCUGUGAAAUUUCCAGCAUCGGUGGAGAUCAGAUGGUUAAUCAGCUGCCAAGUCUGGAGCGUCUCAAUCUGGCCAACAAUAAGCUGACUCAAAUUGCAGCUCUACCCUCGCGAACGCUGAGGGUUCUCGAUCUGAGUAACUGCAGCAUUAGGGAGUUGUCCGGUUUCUUUCUGGACGCCAUGCAUAAUCUGGAGGCCCUGAACUUGUCCCGGAAUACGGAGCUCCAGUUUGACAGUCUGUCGGAAGAUCCCAUUCUGAGCUAUGUGUUGCGAAAGUUGGAUGUUUCCUAUUGCAACCUGGACUCCAUCGAGCUGAGUGGAUUGCCACAACUGAGUGAGGUGCGAUUGCAAGGGAAUCUGCUGAGAGUUGUGGAUGCCAAUACAUUUGCCAACAACUCCAUGCUGGAGGUAGUAGAUCUGUCACAGAAUGUGCUCCGACUCCUAGGCCAAGAUGCCUUUGCCAAACUGAAGCGCCUGAAGCAGCUGAACCUGGCCUUCAAUGAAAUCGCCCGCCUGGACAGGAACUUCAUACGCAACAAUGAUGUGCUGGUGGAGCUCAAUCUCAGUAGGAAUGUGCUGCAGAAGCUAACGAAAAUCGUGUCCAAUUCGGUGCGCACCAUAAACAUGAGUUGGUGUGAAAUCACCUCAAUUGAAAGCACUGCCCUCGCGAGUCUUUCGGUCAUCCAGAAGUUGGACUUAUCCAACAAUCUUAUCACUGAUAUACCCAACUUUAUGAGAUCGGAAACCCUACAGCAACUGAACCUAGCCAACUGCAGGCUGACUACUGUGAGGAAUAACACCUUCAGAGAGUUUCCCGAACUGGCGGAUCUCCAUCUGAAUGGCAACCGAUUGACGAGCCCCAUUCCGCCCAACUACUUCGGAGGCAACAAGUUCUUGGAUCAGCUGUGGCUGGGCGAUAAUCCCUGGAUUUGCGACUGCCACAGUCCGCUCUUCGUGGAGUUCUACGACUAUCUAACAGCUAAGCCAGCUAAGAUAAAAGAUAGAAAUCACUUGCGUUGCGCUGCGCCAGCCAUUUUCUAUGGAAAACUUUGGGAGUUCGCUUGCGCGGAUGUGUGGAUUCUGAAUGCCAGGAGUAGUAGUACUGGCGAGAAGGCCUGGUCCAUUAUAAUGCUGACUCUCCUGGGACUGGGUGCUCUGGUCCUGGGCUAUGCCUGUCUGCAGAAGUAUCUGAGGAAGCGGAAAGUGCGGCAGAGUGACAGGGAGUACGAGGAGAACGAUGACGAGCUGCGACGCAUACGAGAUCUCAACAACCGCAUUUUGAUGGAGGAUGCCACUCCCAGCCUGCAACAUGCCCAGGAGAUCAGCCUGCUGCCCUCCUACGAAGAUGCCCUGCGCAUGCCCAAGCUGGUCAGGCCGGUGAAGUCCAUGAUGGAUCUCUCGGGACCCGAAAGAGCUCGCAACUCCCGAAAGCUGAGACGAUCGCAGACCCAUGCCGAUGGUGAGGGAUCCCAGUCGGAGGCGGAGGACGGACUGCAGCUGGACUCGCGACAGCGAUUCCGCAGCGUGGAGAUGCUCUCGAACCGGGACAAGGAGCGAACCGCCCAAUAUGGACCGUAUAGACGCACUGGCUACAUGGAGUACAAUCAGUCGGGCAGUCGACGUUUCAGCAUCGAGGAUUCGCGAUUCCCCGCCGCACACCUGAAGACCCAAAAUCUUCAGAGUGCCGAACAGAUCGGAAACUUCCAGAGUUACGAGAACAGUCCCUAUACGAAGCGCAAGCCGAAAAUCGCCGAAAUUCCGCCCUUCAAGAGGGUAAAUAUGAUGGCCGACAGCGUGGAGUUCCUCACCGAUCCGGAGUACGACGAGGUGGGCAGCAAGCAUGGUAGUCCGUUUGCGAAAAGAAAGCCCAAGACAGCAGUUCUUCCGCCACCCACCAUGAAAGUCAGUGCCCAGGUGUACACACUGCAGCAGAGUCCGGUUUUGGAACUGGAUCCCGCCAUCGAGGACUACUUCAGCGCGGCCAAGAAGCAGUGCUCCUCGUCCACCAUCGCCAGCGAUUUCCAGGAGCUGGAUGAGCCGGAACUGAAGUCCCUGCCGGAUGACAAUCGAUCAAGUACGAUCUCCCGAUCGGACGCGGAACUGGAUUUGGAGCGGGGCAAGCGCAAGAAGCGGAAGAACUCCACCAGUCGCCGGGUGAGCGGUAGCUUCUCGGCAGCCAACGCCGCCGAAAGUUCCUCCAGCGACUCCGAGCACAACGCCCUGGUCCACAAGCCCAUGAGGGAGACUUUAUUUUAGGCCACAAAGCACAUAGCAUAUUGUUAUAGAUUCGCAGCAUGUUAGAUAUUCCCAUAAUAUUAUUUAAACGCACCUUGAAAUACACUAACAUUUGGUUGAAAGUUGCCAAUUACCAACAGAAA